AAUAAAGCUACUAGUAGGUUGAGGUGACUUGUGGCCAGAGUCCAAUCAUGACACGGGAUCCCUGUAAUAAGAGACCCGACGGUAGUUAGGUACAGAUUACGGAGAGGUAUUCCGGAGGCUGAUCCUGUUCAUAGGCCAGCAUUCACUGCGGGCAGCUGCCAGUCCCCCUCGAAGAACUGCCCAUCAGCCGCUCGCCAAGCCUGCCUCCACCACCUCUUUCCCCGUCACCUACCUCCGUAUCCAUCCAUUCCGUCUUCAGACCACCAUGGCUCGGUCCUCAUGAUCCAAACGACGACCACCCAAGAUGCCGUCGACAAAGAACGCCAAUGGCGACAGUCAUUUCCCCCAGCGACUCAAGAAUUUCUUCCGCAUAUCCUCAGGCGGUCGCGAUCGUGCCGAAACCACCACCCAGAAUGCCGCGCGCUCCGACACGAAGAGCGCCUUCCGCCAGACGAGAUUCUUCAGCGUCGGCCGCCUGCGCAGCGCUACUACCGCUAGCGAAGGUAACCCGCUCGACGAGACUCUGAGUCCGACUGCUCAUGCGAACCCCUAUUUCGCCCACCAGGGCCAACCUGGCUUACGGCAUCACAAUGAGGGCUCUGUACCUCCGAGCCCACCCGAUACCCCGAUGCUCAAGGUCGUGGGGCCAAAUGGCGGCGCGCCAGAGAAAGCAGCCGCUGGCACAAAAGAAGAGCUCGCGAGGAAAUUGAGGAGAGUAGCCAGCGCCCCGAAUGCGCAGGGCUUGUUCUCCAAGGGAGAUGGCGAUGGGGAGCGGCCCGCCACCGCCGAGAUGGGCAAGGAGCCUCUGGAGGAGAGCAAAGACUCAAACACGAUGGGAUUUGCCGACGGCACGGCUAACGGAACCCCAAGCCCAAAUGGCGGUCUUUCGCCUCCCGAGUCGGACGGUCUCGGGGCGCUGCCGCCGCCGAGUCAGUCAUCACUUGCGUUCCGCAGGACGUACAGCUCCAACUCCAUCAAAGUCAGGAAUGUAGAGGUCGGCCCGCAGAGCUUCGAUAAAAUCAAGUUGAUCGGAAAGGGGGAUGUGGGCAAGGUGUACCUGGUGCGGGAAAAGAAGAGCGGCAGGCUGUAUGCCAUGAAGGUGCUGAGCAAGAAGGAGAUGAUCAAGCGGAACAAGAUCAAGAGGGCGUUGGCGGAGCAGGAGAUUCUGGCCACCAGCAACCACCCGUUUAUCGUGACGCUGUACCACUCGUUCCAAUCCGAGGACUAUCUAUACCUAUGCAUGGAAUACUGCAGCGGUGGGGAAUUCUUUAGGGCCCUACAGACGCGGCCUGGGAAGUGCAUCUCGGAGGAGGAUGCCCGCUUUUACGCGGCCGAGGUCACGGCGGCCUUGGAGUAUCUGCACCUCAUGGGCUUCAUCUACCGGGACUUGAAGCCGGAGAACAUCCUGCUCCAUCAGUCUGGCCAUAUCAUGCUCUCAGAUUUCGAUCUGUCAAAACAGUCGGAUCCAGGCGGCAAGCCCACCAUGAUUCUCGGCAAGAACGGCACCAGUUCGAAUUCGCUACCAACGAUCGACACCAAGUCAUGUAUCGCCAAUUUCCGGACAAACUCGUUCGUCGGGACGGAAGAGUACAUUGCCCCCGAGGUGAUCAGGGGCAGUGGGCACACCAGCGCCGUCGAUUGGUGGACGCUCGGCAUUCUCAUCUACGAGAUGUUGUACGGCACUACGCCGUUCAAGGGCAAGAAUCGUAACGCGACUUUUGCCAACAUCCUCCGGGAAGACAUCCCGUUCCCAGAUCAUGCCGGGGCACCACAAAUAUCAAACCUUUGCAAAUCGCUGAUUCGCAAACUCCUCAUCAAAGAUGAGAACCGCCGCCUAGGCGCCCGCGCGGGCGCCUCUGACAUCAAGUCUCACCCCUUCUUCCGCACCACGCAGUGGGCGCUGAUCCGGCACAUGAAGCCGCCAAUCAUCCCGAACCAGGGCCGCGGUAUCGACACGAUUAACUUUAGGAAUGUCAAGGAGAGCGAGAGUGUCGAUAUCAGCGGCUCGAGGCCGAUGCAAAAUGUGAAAGGUGUGCCGCUGGACAGCGGGCUCGCGACGCCGGGUGGCGAGACGCCGGAUCCGUUUGAGGAGUUCAAUAGCGUCACGCUACAUCAUGACGGCGACGAGCAUUAUGCCAGCGAGGGGUAUGAGUCUUUAAGCUGAGGCGAUGUUGAUCUGAGUGACAGACCUGGGGGGAGUGUGGUGUCUCCUUACCUGCUAUUCAGGCAGAAGCUAUUCGCGUGCGGGAUGGGCAUAAUUCAUGGGUCAUUUAUCGUGUCUCGUUCCCGUCGGCAU